AGCUCUUCCAUCAUGCUCCCGCCUCCUCAAUCCGAGAUGGAGGCCAAGUGCUACUACGCCGGUCUGCCCUCUUCUCCGAUCUUGGUCGCUCGCACUGGCGCCACUCAGUGGAAGGCACCCACUGGCCCGGAGGCGUACCUCGAGCGUAAGGAGCUACGCGCCGUCGGUAGACACGCGCUCAAGGAGAUCUGGGAAGGCGGCCUAGCUCUCAAGAUCCACGCCAUUCUGGACUCAAUGACAGUGAAAUGGACUAGCACUGACGUCGUCCGCAUCCGGAACGUUGAAACGUCUUUCGCCCCCGUCAUCCUCUGGAUCGGCGUGAUGCCCGCAUCUCUGUCUGGGGAUGACGGCGUCGUUGCGGCAAAUAAGUGCCGGGAGCUUCUUGUAGAACACGAUAUCGAUGACGUCGACGUCGAGAUCCGCGAGUCGAUUGUUGCCCGCUCAACCGGUCCCAAGUUCCUCAAGUCCGUCUAUUCUUCCAACCCCACCGUAGACGUUCGCGAACCCCUUACUACCACCCUUGGACUCCCCAUCUGUGCCCAGUCUACGCCUUGGGUUGAGGGUACCGGCGGCUUCUUCAUUACUGAGGGCGGGAAUGCCGAGAGACUCCUCCUCGUCACCGCUCGCCACGUCGUCUUCACACCGGACAAGAACGAGAACAAGCACUUUGAACAUACGAACAGCAGCCAGCCUCGCCAUAAUGUCAUGCUCUUCAGUGAUGCGGGCUUCGAAAAAUACCUCAAAUCUAUCAAGGCCGAGAUUGGAGGAAAGGUACUCACGGCGCAGCACCAUGAGGACCAUUUUGAGGCGAUGGAGGGGAGGAAUGACCCGACAGAGAACAAAGAGCGUCAGCGUGCCCAAGCCGAGUUAGAAAGAGAGAGGGAGGCGAUGGAAAAGCUUCACACCUUCUACCAGGAGGUUUCAGCUCACUGGGGCACCCCGGAGAGCCGCGUUUUGGGUCACGUCGUCCUCUCUCCGCCCAUCAACAUCGGCAGCAGUGGGGGUUACACCGAGGACUGGGCCGUCAUCGAGAUAGACGCCUCCAAGGUCGACGCGAGCAACUUCGAAGGCAAUGGCAUCGACCUUGGUACCCGCAUCCAUCCCUACGAUCUCGUUCGAAUGAUGCGCCCCAAUUACCGGAAUGCCGAUUCCUUCACGUAUCCGAUAUACAAUAUUCUGAGGCUCACAGAUACCAUCCCGGAUGAAGAGAUGCGCUACCCGACUGUGCUCGACGAGAACGACGAACCCUCUCUUAUGGUGAUCAAGCGCGGUCACGCCACCGGCCUGACCGUCGGCCGUGCCAACGACAUUUUCUCCUACAUCCGUUACUACCACGACGAUGAAACAACUGAUACCUCCAAAGAAUGGGCCAUCCUCUCAUUCGACUAUAAAUCCGGCGCUUUUGCGGAGAAGGGCGACUCGGGCUCUGUCAUCGUUGACGGCCUCGGACGCAUCGGCGGCCUCCUCACUGGCGGUGCCGGCGGUACGCGUUCGCCCGACUCGAAGUUGGACAUCACGUACGCCACACCUGUCAACUUCAUCCUCAAUCGUAUGCAAGAGAACGGUCUGCGCGAGCCCAACGUCAACCCGGUCCUCGCUGCCUAG